UGCGGUGGACCGAACGGGCUAUGGGCAGCGUGGGCCAGCUGCUGCUGUGGCUCGCAGCCGCGGGCACCAUUCUCUGCUCCAGCUCAGGGUCCCAGGUGCCUUUUCUGUUAUCCUCGCCCCUGCCAACUCCCAGCUCCCGGGAUGCGAAAGUCACCGCCCCGCCUAGCGGCUUGGAGCCAACCCUCCGCCUAAAUCCCUCAGGCACCAAGGGGUCUUGGCAGUUUUCCACCUGCGGGGCCAGCGGCCGGCGCGGGCCCACACAAGCACAAUGUGAUGGGACGUACGCGGGCAGCGGCGCGGUGGUGACUGUGGGGGCUGCCGGGCCGCUGAGAGGCGUGCAGCUGUGGCGGGCGCCGGGCCCCGGCCAGUACCUGAUCUCAGCCUACGGAGCCGCGGGCGGCAAAGGCGCCAGGAACCACCUGUCGCGGGCGCAUGGCGUCUUCGUCUCAGCGAUCUUUUCCCUUAGUCGCGGGGAGCCGCUUUACAUCCUCGUGGGGCAGCAGGGAGAGGACGCCUGUCCUGGAGGUAGCCCGGAGAGCCAGCUCGUCUGCCUCGGAGAGUCUCCGGCCGCUGAAGAGCACGCGGCGACCGACGGGACCGAAAGGGCCCCGGGGUCGCGGCGCUGGGCCGGAGGUGGCGGGGGUGGCGGGGGCGCCACCUACGUCUUCCGGCUGCGCGCCGGCGAGCUGGAGCCACUGCUGGUGGCGGCCGGAGGCGGCGGUCGGGCCUACCUGAGGCAGCAGGACCGAGGCUGGGCUCAGGCCUCCCCCGAGAAACUGGAGAACCGCUCGGCUGCGCCCGGGAGCAGCGGGAGAGGCGGGGCGGCAGGUGGAGGGGGCGGCUGGACGUCGCGGGCCCUCUCCCCGCAGGCCGGACGCUCCCUGCAGGAGGGGGCGGAGGGCGGCCAUGGCUGCGCGGAGGCCUGGGCUACUCUCGGAUGGGCCGCGGCUGGCGGCUUCGGGGGCGGCGGCGGGGCCUGCACUGCGGGCGGAGGCGGCGGCGGCUACCGGGGGGGCAAUACCUCAGAGACUGACAACCUCUGGGCUAAUGGGGAAGAUGGGGUAUCCUUCAUACACCCCAGCAGCGAGCUUUACCUGCAGCCUCUGGCAGUCACAGAGAGCCACGGAGAGGUGGAGAUCCGAAGGUAUCUUAACUGCAGUCAUUGCCCUUUGAGAGAUUGCCAGUGGCAGGCAGAGCUCCAGUUGGCUGAAUGCCUGUGCCCAGAGGGCAUGGUGCUAGCUGUGGAUAACAUCACCUGCAUGGACCUGCCCACCCCACCAGGCCCUCUGGUUCUGAUGGUGGCUGUGGUGAUGACCUCGACACUGAGCCUCCUUAUGGUGUGUGGGGUCCUGAUUCUGGUGAGCCAGAAGAAGUGGCAGGGCCUGUGGGGGAUGAGGCUGCCAGGCCCUGAGCUUGAGCUGAGCAAGCUGCGAACCUCUGCCAUCAGGACAGCCACCAAUCCCUAUUACUGCCAUGCGGGGCUUGGCCCAGCUCAGUCCUGGCCUCUGCCCGCAGGGCUCACUGAGGUUUCCCCAGACAAUGUCACUCUGCUCAGAGCCCUGGGCCACGGCGCCUUUGGGGAGGUGUACGAAGGACUGGUAAUUGGCCUUCCUGGGGACUCUGGCCCGCUACAGGUGGCUAUCAAGACCUUGCCAGAACUCUGCUCUCGUCAGGACGAGCUAGAUUUCCUCAUGGAGGCGCUCAUCAUCAGCAAGUUUAGCCAUCGGAACAUUGUGCAGUGUGUGGGGCUCAGCCUCCAGGCUGCCCCUCGCCUCAUUCUGCUGGAGCUGAUGUCUGGAGGGGACAUGAAGAGUUUCCUGAGGCAUAGCCGGCCACACCUGGGCCAGCCAUCACCUCUGGUCAUGCGGGACCUGCUGCAGCUGGCCCAGGACAUAGCCCAGGGCUGCCAUUACCUGGAGGAAAAUCACUUUAUCCACAGGGACAUUGCCGCCCGGAACUGCCUGCUGAGCUGCACUGGGCCCAGCCGAGUGGCCAAGAUUGGGGACUUUGGGAUGGCAAGAGAUAUCUACCGGGCCAGUUAUUACCGCAAGGGGCACCGGGCCUUGCUCCCAGUCAAGUGGAUGCCCCCAGAGGCCUUCCUGGAGGGCAUCUUCACAUCCAAGACAGACGCCUGGUCUUUUGGGGUGCUGCUGUGGGAGAUCUUCUCACUGGGCUACAUGCCCUACCCGGGGCGCACCAACCAGGAGGUGCUGGACUUCGUCAUCUCAGGGGGCCGGAUGGACCCUCCUAGGGGCUGUCCAGGGCCCGUGUACCGCAUCAUGACCCAGUGUUGGCAGCACCAGCCUGAGCUCCGCCCCAGCUUUGCCAGCAUUUUGGAGCAUCUUCAGUAUUGCACUCAGGACCCUGAUGUGCUAAAUUCACCCCUGCUGGUGGAGCUGGGGCCCACCCUGGAGGAGGAAGGGGCUUCUGGGCUGGGGAACAGAUCUCUGGAGGGCCCAAGAUCCCCACAGCCCCAGGAACUGAGUCCAGAGGGUGUGACAAGCUGGGGAGGGAGGCCUCUUGGCCCCUGGCUGUCCUCUGGCCUCAAGCCCCUCAAAUCCACGGGCCUCCAACCUCAGAACCUUUGGAAUCCCACCUAUGGCUCCUGGGCCCCAGGGGGCCCUGAGGUCGAGGACUCAGACACUGAUGGUAGCAAUGGCUCCUUUCUGCACUCCUCAGGGUUCUAAGUCACUUGUAAUUCCAGUAGCCUCUGUCCCCUGCAUCUGCGUGUCUGGGCCUGUCUCAGGGCUGGCCUGGCAGCACUGGACUUUCCAUGCUGGAAACCAACUCUAGGCCUCCUGGGGAAGGGCCAGGCCACUUCUAGCUUUUGAUGUUUGGGACCAGAGGCCACCCCAUACCCCAGGUGUCAUGAGGAGUCCUGGAUUGCCCUUCCUCUAUGAACAUCCUUCAUCUGAGCUGUCCCCAACCUCGCAGAUGCUUCUAAUAAAAACCUCUUCUCA